CUCUACAGUCUCUCUCUCCCCAUCUCUAGAGUUGUUUUGGAGUAAUCUUAAACUUUGCCAAACAGUCCCUUUUCUUCCUUAACCCUUCUCACCUGUCUCUAUAUUCUUCACUCUCUUGCUUCUUCCUUUGUCUUCUCUGUUGUUAGUUUCCUCGAGACGAUCGGAGCAGUGUUGUACUUCCCUUUAAGUUGAGGAUAUUGUAAAGGAUUCAAGAGUAGGUGUGUGGCUCGUGGGAGGUAAGAGAUGGAUCAUAAAGCAUGGCCUUGGAAGAAGAAAUCAAUGGAGAAAAUAGUUGUUGAAAGCAACGGAGAGAUUGAGAAGCUUCUUGCUGACAACAUAGAGCUGGAGAAUCGCCUUAAAAGUCUAAAUGAUAAGCUUACCUCUGUCGAAGCUGAGAGCAAUAAGCAUAAAACUGAGACACAAGAAGCAAUAGUUGGUUGGGAGAAUACAAAAUCUGAAUCAGCAUCUCUCAAGAAGAAGCUAGAAGAAGCGUUGAAUGAGAAACACGUGAGCGACGAGAGGUCCGCUCACACUGAUGCAGGUCUAAAAGAAUGUAUGCAGCAGCUUCGCUUUGUCCGGGACGAGCAGGAGCGAAGGAUGCACGAUGCUUUAACCAAAGCAUCACAGGAACACGAGCGAAGAUUGAUGGUUAUAAAGACGGAACUGGCAGACACUAGCAAGAACCUUGCAGAAGCAGAAGGGGUGAACACUCAGCUCUCCAAGGCUUUGUUAGCAAAGAACAAAACCGUUGAAGAUCUAAUCACAGAGAGAGAACGCAUCCGCGCUGAUAACAAUGCGUUGGUGAGCAGUUUAGAGUCAAAGGAGAAAGAAAACGUUACGCUGAGAUACGAAGUCAGAGUGGUGGAGAAAGAGCUCGAGCUUCGGAACGAAGAGAGAGAGUUUAGCCGUCGAACCGCUGAAGCAUCUCAUAAACUUCACUUGGAGAAUGUGAAGAAAGUUGCAAAGCUAGAACAAGAGUGUCAGAGGCUGCGUGUGCUCGUCAGGAAACGGUUGCCAGGACCCGCCGCUAUGUCCAAGAUGAGGAGUGAAGUAGAGAUGCUGGGAAGGGUAAGAGUCAAUGGAGGAAGCACUAACGGCGCAAUGAUCAGUAACCUCACUGAGCAGUUAUGCUUACUGGAGGAAGAGAACAAGACAUUGAGAGAUGCUUUGAACAAGAAAGUCAACGAGCUUCAGUUCUCAAGAAGUAUGUAUUCUCGGACAGCUUCUAGAUUACUAGAAUUCGAGGAAUCUUCUAAAGGAACAACAAACGCUGAGCCAAGCAGGAGCAGCAAUGUCUCACACGAAGUCUCUCUAGCAUCGUUAUCAGAGUUUGAGAGUGAUGAUAAAGUUAGCUGUUCUGAUUCUUGGGCUUCUGCUUUGCUUUCAGAGGUGGAGAAUGUGAAGAACAAGAAGCAAAGGGGUUCGAGUUUGGUUAGAACUCCUAAAGCUUCAGAGAUGAAACUAAUGGAUGACUUUGCUGAAAUGGAGAAGCUUGCAAUGGUUACAGUACCUGGAAGUUCUCCUAUCUUCUCUUCUGAUUCCAUUUCAGCUACUGGUCCGGUGGAGAACGAAUCUAAUGAAGAUAUCAAGUCAGAUUCAACGAGCAAGCUACCGCAAUCUCUUCAUACUGUCUUGAAAGCGAUCAUGGAACAUAAGCGUGUUACGCAGAGGAACACUGAUGAAGUACUUGAAGAGAUCAGACAAGCUCUAUCAGGUGUGGAGGGUGCACCAGAGACAGAGUGUGAGAUCAGCAAAUCAAUUCGAAGAAUUGUUGAAGUUAUCGAAGGAAUGAGCUUAAAAGAUGAGAGGCAUGUCUCAAAGGGAGAAUCAGAAAGGCUUUCUGGCUACACUGCUCGUGUCUUGCAAUGGAAAACUACAGAGCUGAGUAUUGUAUUGCAGCGGUUUCUCCAGACUUGUUAUGAUCUAAUAGACAGAAAAGCAGACAUUAAGAAGUUUGCGGAAGAGUUAAGCUCUGUAGUGGAAUGGAUGGUGAACCAUUGUUUCUCUCUACAAGAUGUUUCAAGCAUGAGAGAAGAGAUCAAGAAGCAGUUUGAAUGGGACGAGUCACGGAGUGGAAGUGAAGUUGAUAUUGGACUACUUGGUCUGAUCUCGGAAGCAGAUGAACUUAAGAAGACAGAUGAUCCGUUGAUUGAAGAAGAGGCAAAGGACAAGACAGCAAGUGUUUCAGCGAACGAGCUCAAGCUGGAGGAAAAACAAACCAUGCGAACUGAACUGGAGAUCACUGCUGCUUCUGAGAAGUUAGCAGAGUGUCAAGAGACGAUUCUAAAUCUCGGGAAGCAGCUUAAAGCAUUGACUAACUCAAAAGAAACAUCUUUACUUCCAGACAACCUCACACCUGACCUUGCUACUGAGACAAAGCCAGAGAAGAGAUUGACCACUCAAAGAUCAUCUCUUCUGGAUCAGAUGAAGGCAGAGGAUCAGGACAAUGGAGAAUCCAAGGAGGAGGAGAAGAAACCUCAAGCAGUAGAUAAAAUGGGAAAGGGAGGCAGUUCUGUUUACAACGAAACCAUUGAAGCAUUGGAACAGAUUCUUCUCUCAGACAAGAAAAGCAAAGGCUCUGAAUCAAAUUGCUUCGCCGUUGUCCCUCAGAAAAAGAGCAGCGGAGGUAAGAGCCUGUGGAGAAAGCUGUUGGGGAGGAAAAAGAAAAGUAAGACCAUCAAGCUUCCUAAUCCAUUUGCCACCUAAGAAGAUGUUAUAAUAAUGUCAUCUAAUCCAUUUGAUCAUAUGUUUCUUUUUUUGUUCCUCGUAUUAUGCAAACUAAACUGUCAUUUUCAUAGAAUUUUUGGCAGCAUAUGUAUAAAAGAUACAAUUAAGUAAUCUUUUGAUCCAAUGUAUCUAUCUUUGGCA